CGAAGGGAGGCUUGACGGCAAUUGCAUCCAUCUUUUUCCCUCCGCAACAAGGCGACAGGGCUUCAAUUGCAAUUCCCUCGCAGAGGACUACAUCUUUUUGCCUCUGUCUAAUAGAGCGAAAGACCUGGGAGCAAAGGAGAAUCCGGUGGCCCAAUUGUACCUGCAUAGCAACAGAGCUCCCCUCUGCACGAACGCCAACAUGAGGUCCCUGUUUUCUUUCGCAACCUUCGUGGCUGCGGCGCAAGCCCUGUACUUCUACGUCGAUGGAGGCACUCCCAAGUGUUUCUACGAAGAGCUCCCCAAGGACACCCUCGUCGUGGGCCACUACUCCGCCGAGGAGUGGGAUGACAGAGCGAACCAGUGGCAGCAGCACCAGGGCAUCAGCAUCUACAUCACUGUCGAGGAAAUCUUCGAUAACAACCACCGUGUCGUCUCCCAGCGAGGCACCUCCUCCGGCCGCUUCACCUUCUCUGCCGCCGACGCUGGCGACCACAAGAUCUGUUUCAUGCCCUCAUCCAGCAGCGGCCGCACAGGCUGGCUCUCCAUGACAAACCCCAACGGCGGCAUCAAGCUGCGCCUCGACAUGGUAAUUGGCGAGACCAGCCAGAUUGAGAGCGACGACAAGGACAAGCUGCAGGAUAUUACUACUCGCGUCAAGGAUCUCAAUGCUAGAUUAAACGACAUUCGCAGGGAGCAAGUUUUCCAAAGAGAGCGAGAGGCCGAAUUCAGAGAUCAGUCCGAGUCUACCAACGCCCGUGUUAUUCGAUGGAUCAUUAUUCAGCUCGUCAUCCUCGGCGCCACCUGCGCAUGGCAACUGUCUCAUCUACGCUCUUUCUUCAUUAAGCAGAAGCUUACCUAAAUGGAUACAAAGGAGAUACGAAGGAGAGCUACUACUACUACAUAGAGCGAAAAAGAGAGGAAAAAUUCUUUUGUCAAAACAAUGUGGUGGAAUUUGUGAAAAAGAGGAUAUUAUACCAAUACAUCAUUCCUGAUUCAAGUAUCGGGGAGCAGCUCAGUCAUAGUGCAUAGC